AUGGCUUUUGCAGCCAGGCGAUGGUUUCUCCUAUCCAUCAUUGUAGUGGUUGUCUGUUUCUUGAAACCAUUUGCCCUAGGCGAACAACAGGUCCCUUGCUACUUCAUUUUUGGAGACUCGCAAGAUGACAAUGGCAACAAUAAUCACCUGAACACAACUGCCAGGGCAAAUUAUCCACCUUACGGCAUUGAUUUCCCAGAAGGUCCAACCGGUCGCUUCACCAAUGGCCGAAAUCCUGCAGACUUCAUUGGUGAGCUCCUUGGAUUUGACAGCUACAUACCUCCAUUUGCAAAUACAGAAGGCCGGGAUAUCACUAAAGGCAUUAAUUAUGCUUCAGGAGCAUCUGGAAUUCUUGAUCAGACAGGUCGUCACCUGGGCGAUCUCUUCAGCUUCAACGAACAAUUGCACAAUCACGAGAGAGUAAUUUCGCGCAUCGUGCGGUUGAUUGGAAACAGAUCUGCAACAAAAGAAUAUCUGGCCAAAUGUCUGUACACUGCUGCAUUGGGGAAUAAUGACUACAUCAACAACUACUUGUUGCCAGAAUAUUAUCCUACAAGCCACCUAUAUACUCCAACAGAAUUUGCCAGCUUGUUAAUUAGGCAUUAUUCUCAGCAACUACGGACUUUGUACAGAUUGGGGGCAAGAAAAAUAGCUGUUUUUGGGCUUGGUUUGCUUGGCUGCAUACCUGCUGAGUUAUCUGCAGAUGGUAACUGUGUGGAUUCUAUUAACGAUGAAGUUCUGUUAUUCAAUGACAAGCUCAAGCCACUGGUUGAAGAACUGAAUACCGAGUUAAGCGAUGCACAAUUUCUUUAUGUAGAUGUGAGAGCAAUCAAUUUGAACAAUUUAUCCACCCCGGCAGAAAUUACAAUUGGCAAUGCACCAUGCUGCAACGUGUCUGCAACAGUUGCUCGUGGACAGUGUAUUCCUGGACAAAUUCCCUGCAGCAACAGGAACCAAUAUUAUUUUUGGGAUGAUUUCCAUCCCAGUGAAGUAGUCAAUGAAGCAUAUUCAAGAUUAGCAUAUUCUGCGUUAUCCUCAUUACUUGAUGCUGAUCCUCUUGCCAUUGGCGGCCUACAGGCAAAACCUGUCAUGAUAAAGUGA